AUCGCAUCCCCCUCCCGCCGUGGCCGGCACUGGCAGCGAGGUGGCUGGGCAGAGCUGUCAGCCUCCUGCAGGCGCACGGGCACCCGCGCCCCGCUCGCACCAAGGGCCGGGCUGGAGCUGCCGGCUCCGCCGCCCUCGCACUUGCCCCGGUCCGGUGCGGCCGUGAGGAUCCUGCCGCCACCUCCCCGCGAGGAGCGACCGCCGCCGCCCGCCCGGGCACCGAGAGCAGCGCUCGGGAGGAGAGAGACGAGGAGCCAUGGCCGAGGGGGGCGAGGGCGAGGACGAGAUCCAGUUCCUGAGAACUGAUGAUGAAGUGGUUCUGCAGUGCACUGCAACUGUUCACAAGGAGCAACAGAAAUUGUGUCUUGCUGCAGAAGGAUUUGGCAACAGGCUUUGUUUUUUGGAAUCCACAUCAAAUUCUAAGAAUGUUCCACCUGAUUUGUCCAUCUGCACCUUUGUGCUGGAGCAGUCCCUGUCAGUACGGGCCCUCCAAGAAAUGCUGGCCAACACAGAAGAAAAGGCAGAAGGGCUAGUUGAUGUGGAAAAAUGGAAAUUUAUGAUGAAGUCUGCACAAGGUGGAGGCCAUCGAACGCUACUCUAUGGGCAUGCAAUCUUGCUGCGCCAUUCCUACAGCGGCAUGUAUCUAUGCUGCCUCUCUACAUCUCGAUCUUCAAUGGAUAAGCUGGCAUUUGAUGUAGGAUUGCAAGAGGACACAACAGGUGAGGCAUGCUGGUGGACCAUCCAUCCUGCUUCCAAGCAACGAUCAGAAGGAGAAAAAGUGCGUGUUGGAGAUGAUCUUAUUUUAGUCAGUGUCUCUUCAGAAAGAUACUUGCAUCUCUCUUACGGCAAUGGUAGCUUACAUGUUGAUGCAGCCUUCCAGCAGACGCUCUGGAGUGUAGCACCAAUUAGUUCAGGAAGUGAAGCUGCCCAAGGAUAUCUGAUAGGAGGGGAUGUUCUGAGGUUAUUGCAUGGUCACAUGGAUGAAUGUUUGACAGUCCCUUCAGGUGAACAUGGAGAAGAACAAAGAAGAACUGUCCAUUAUGAAGGUGGCGCUGUGUCUAUUCAUGCUCGUUCCCUCUGGAGACUAGAGACUCUAAGAGUUGCGUGGAGUGGCAGCCACAUUAGAUGGGGACAGGCAUUCAGACUAAGACAUAUAACAACAGGAAAAUAUUUAAGUCUCCUGGAUGACAAGAGUCUUCUUCUUACAGACAAAGAGAAAGCGGAUGUAAAAUCUACGGCAUUCUGUUUUCGGUCUUCCAAGGAAAAGUUGGACAUAGGGACAAGAAAAGAGGUGGAUGGAAUGGGAGCACCUGAAAUAAAAUACGGGGAUUCAAUAUGCUUCAUACAACAUGUAGAUACAGGCUUAUGGCUCACGUACCAGUCUGCUGAUGCAAAGUCUGUAAGAAUGGGUUCUGUGCAGCGAAAGGCAAUAAUGCACCACGAAGGUCACAUGGAUGAUGGUUUAACAUUGUCCAGAUCUCAGAAUGAGGAAUCCCGUACAGCACGUGUCAUACGUAGUACAGUCUUCCUUUUCAACAGAUUUAUAAGGGGCCUUGACACUCUCAGCAAGAAAGCAAAAUCUUCCACUGUCGAUUUGCCUAUUGAGUCAGUCAGUCUGAGCCUGCAGGACUUGAUUGGCUACUUUCAUCCCCCUGAUGAACAUUUGGAGCAUGAAAACAAACAAAACAGGCUCCGAGCACUGAAGAAUCGCCAGAACCUCUUCCAGGAAGAGGGUAUGAUCAACCUUGUUCUUGAAUGUAUUGAUCGCUUGAAUGUAUACAGCAGUGCAGCUCAUUUUGCAGAUGUAGCUGGAAAGGAAGCUGGAGAAGCGUGGAAAUCAAUUUUGAAUUCUUUGUAUGAAUUACUAGCGGCUCUGAUUCGAGGGAAUCGUAAAAACUGUGCUCAAUUUUCUGGAUCUCUUGAUUGGUUGAUCAGCAGAUUAGAAAGACUGGAAGCCUCUUCUGGAAUUCUAGAGGUUUUACACUGUGUGUUGGUGGAAAGCCCAGAAGCUCUAAACAUUAUUAAAGAAGGACAUAUUAAAUCAAUCAUUUGUCUUUUGGACAAACAUGGAAGAAACCAUAAGGUUUUGGAUGUUCUAUGUUCCCUCUGUGUUUGUCAUGGAGUAGCUGUGCGGUCUAAUCAACAUCUAAUCUGUGAUAAUCUCCUGCCAGGAAGAGACCUGCUCUUACAGACGCGCCUUGUCAACCAUGUGAGCAGCAUGCGACCCAACAUCUUCUUGGGGAUUAGUGAAGGCUCUGCCCAAUACAGAAAAUGGUACUAUGAACUUAUGGUGGACCAUCUAGAGCCCUUCGUGACUGCAGAAUCGACUCAUCUACGAGUGGGCUGGGCUUCAACAGAGGGCUACUCACCAUAUCCAGGGGGAGGAGCAGAAUGGGGAGGAAAUGGUGUUGGUGAUGACUUGUAUUCUUAUGGCUUUGAUGGUCUGCAUCUGUGGUCAGGUUGCGUAGCACGAACAGUAAAUUCUCCCAACCAACAUCUGUUAAGAACUGACGAUGUUAUUAGCUGUUGUUUGGACCUAAGUGCCCCCAGCAUCUCCUUCCGGAUAAAUGGUCAGCCAGUUCAAGGAAUGUUUGAGAAUUUCAACAUAGAUGGCCUCUUCUUCCCAGUUGUCAGCUUCUCUGCAGGAAUAAAGGUACGUUUCUUGCUUGGAGGUCGCCAUGGAGAGUUCAAGUUCCUUCCUCCACCUGGAUAUGCCCCUUGCUUUGAAGCUGUCCUACCGAAAGAGAAGCUGAAAGUGGAGCAAAGCCGAGAGUACAAGCAGGAUCGUAGCUAUACAAGAGAUUUACUAGGUCCCACUAUCUCUCUGUCGCAAGCAGCUUUCACUCCAGUUCCUGUAGAUACUAGCCAGAUUGUUUUGCCUCCCCACCUGGAAAGGAUUAGAGAAAAGUUAGCAGAGAACAUCCAUGAACUUUGGGUUAUGAAUAAGAUUGAACUUGGCUGGCAGUAUGGACCAGUUAGAGAUGACAACAAAAGACAACACCCAUGCUUAGUGGAGUUCUCAAAAUUGCCAGAGCAGGAAAGAAAUUAUAACUUGCAAAUGUCACUUGAAACACUGAAAACCCUGCUGGCAUUAGGCUGCCAUGUUGGAAUUGCUGAUGAACAUGCUGAAGAAAAAGUGAAAAAAAUGAAGCUUCCAAAGAACUAUCAGUUGUUGAGUGGAUAUAAGCCUGCUCCCAUGGAUCUGAGUUUUAUCAAGCUGACCCCCUCUCAAGAAGCUAUGGUAGAUAAACUAGCAGAGAAUGCACACAAUGUGUGGGCAAGGGACCGUAUAAGGCAAGGCUGGACAUAUGGUAUCCAGCAGGAUGUGAAAAAUCGACGAAAUCCUCGCCUUGUACCUUACGCUCUUUUGGAUGAUCGAACAAAGAAAUCAAACAAAGACAGUCUUCGGGAAGCAGUCCGCACCCUUCUAGGCUAUGGUUACAACCUGGAAGCUCCUGAUCAAGAUCAUGCGAUGAGACUGGAUGUGUGCAGUGGGAUAAUGGAAAAAUUCAGGAUCUUCCGCACAGAAAAGACUUAUGCCGUGAAGGCUGGGAAGUGGUACUUUGAGUUCGAGGCAGUUACGGCAGGAGACAUGAGAGUUGGCUGGACCAGGCCAGGUUGUCUGCCAGAUCAGGAACUAGGCUCAGAUGAAGAAGCUUUUGUUUUCGAUGGCUUUAAGGCACAGCGGUGGCAUCAAGGUAAUGAGCAUUUUGGCCGACCAUGGUUGGCAGGAGAUGUUGUUGGGUGUAUGGUUGACAUGAAUGAGCACACUAUGAUGUUCACCUUAAAUGGUGAAAUCCUGCUCGAUGACUCAGGGUCAGAACUUGCAUUCAAGGACUUUGAGGUUGGUGACGGAUUUCUACCUGUAUGCAGUCUGGGCCCAUCUCAAGUGGGAAGAAUGAACUUUGGAAAAGAUGUCAGCACUCUAAAAUACUUCACUAUAUGUGGCUUACAGGAAGGGUAUGAACCCUUUGCUGUUAAUACAAACAGAGACAUCACCAUUUGGCUGAGUAAAAGGCUCCCUCAGUUUCUACCAGUGCCACAAAAUCAUGAACAUAUUGAGGUAAUGAGAAUUGAUGGCACCAUAGACAGCUGCCCCUGCCUGAAGGUCACACAGAAGUCCUUUGGUUCACAGAACAGUAAAACAGACGUCAUGUUUUUUCGAUUAAGCAUGCCCAUUGAAUGUGCUGAGGUGUUCUCCAGAUCAGCUGCAGGAGGGUUACCAGGCACCGGUCUUUUUGGCCCGAAGAAUGACUUGGAGGAUUAUGAUGCUGAUUCUGAUUUUGAGGUUCUAAUGAAAACUGCUCAUGGUCAUCUAGCUCCUGAUCGGACAGAAAGAGAAAAAGAUGCCACAAAGCCAGAGUUAAACAACCAUAAAGAUUAUGUUCAAGAAAAGCCUUCACGUCUUAAACAAAGAUUUAUGCUCAGGAGGACAAAGCCAGAUUAUAGCACGAGUCACUCUGCACGGCUUACUGAGGAUGUGCUAGCAGAUGAUAGGGAUGACUAUGACUAUUUGAUGCAAACUUCCACGUACUAUUAUUCAGUGAGAAUAUUUCCUGGUCAAGAACCUGCUAAUGUCUGGGUGGGCUGGAUUACAUCUGACUUUCACCAGUAUGACACAAGCUUUGAUUUGGAAAGAGUGCGUACUGUCACAGUUACACUGGGAGAUGAAAAAGGGAAGGUUCAUGAGAGUAUAAAACGCAGCAACUGCUAUAUGGUGUGCGCAGGAGAGAGCAUGAGCCCUGGACAAGGACGUAAUAAUAACGGUCUGGAGAUUGGUUGCUUGGUUGAUGCUGCCAGUGGCCUGCUGACCUUCACAGCUAAUGGCAAGGAACUAGGCACAUACUAUCAGGUUGAACCGAGCACAAAGUUAUUUCCUGCUGUAUUUGCUCAAGCUACAAGCCCCAAUGUUUUCCAGUUUGAAUUGGGAAGAAUAAAGAAUGUGAUGCCAUUAUCUGCUGGCUUAUUCAAAAGCGAACACAAAAACCCCGUCUCUCAAUGUCCUCCACGGCUCCAUGUCCAGUUUCUUACUCAUGUGCUUUGGAGCAGAGUGCCAAACCAUUUCUUGAAGGUUGAUGUCUCACGGAUCAGUGAACGACAAGGCUGGAUGAUACAGUGCCUGAAUCCUUUGCAGUUCAUGGCCCUUCAUAUUCCUGAAGAAAACAGGACAAUUGAUAUUUUAGAGCUGACAGAACAAGAAGAAUUGCUGAAAUUUCACUACCAUACCCUCCGAUUAUAUUCAGCUGUUUGUGCUUUAGGCAACAAUCGAGUGGCCCAUGCUAUGUGUAGCCAUGUGGAUGAAUCUCAGCUCCUGUAUGCUAUUGAGAAUAAAUAUAUGCCAGGAUUAUUACGUGCAGGAUAUUAUGACUUACUCAUUGACAUCCAUCUCAAUACCUAUGCAACUGCCAGGUUAAUGAUGAAUAAUGAAUUCAUAGUUCCAAUGACAGAUGAGACCAAGAGUAUUACUUUGUUUCCAGAUGAAAACAAAAAACAUGGCCUCCCUGGCAUAGGACUUAGCACUUCAUUAAGGCCAAGAAUGCAGUUCUCCUCUCCAAGUUUUGUAAGCAUUAGCAGUGAGUGCUUUCAGUUCAGUCCUGAAUUCCCUCUGGAAACUUUAAAAUCCAAAACCAUAGAGAUGCUGACUGAAGCUGUUCAGGAGGGCAGCCUCCAUGUCAGAGAUCCAGUUGGAGGUUCUACAGAAUUUCUCUUUGUCCCUCUCAUCAAACUCUUUUAUACCCUCCUGAUUAUGGGAAUCUUCCACAAUGGGGAUCUGAAACACAUUUUACAGUUGAUUGAGCCCCGGGUUUUCAGAGAAGCAAUGAGCCAAGAGGAUGAAAUUGAUUUCUCAGAAAAAGAGCCGAGUUCAGGUGAGCUCAAGCCGGAAGAAGGAGAAGAAGAAACCAGAGGGGAACAAGUGCCAAAGGAAGGGCUUCUUCAGAUGAAACUUCCAGAACCUGUUAAGUUACAGAUGUGUCAUCUACUCCAGUACCUUUGUGAUUGCCAAGUACGACACCGAAUAGAAGCCAUUGUAGCAUUUUCGGAUGAUUUUGUGGCCAAGCUUCAAGAAAAUCAACGCUUCCGGUACAAUGAAGUGAUGCAGGCCUUGAACAUGUCUGCUGCCCUGACAGCUAGAAAAACAAAAGAAUUUCGAUCCCCACCUCAGGAGCAGAUUAAUAUGCUGCUGAACUUUAAAGAUGAUAAAAAUGAUUGCCCCUGCCCUGGAGAAAUUCGGGAUCAACUCUUGGAAUUCCAUGAAGACCUAAUGACACACUGUGGGAUUGAACUAGAUGAAGAUGGAACCUUGGAUGGAAACAAUGAUUUAACCAUUAGAGGUCGCCUCCUAUACCUUAUGGAAAAAGUUACAUACCUGAAGAAGAAGCAAGCUGAGAAGCCAGUUGAUGAUGGUGAUAAGAUAUCGUCUACUCUUCAGCAGUUGAUUUCAGACACAAUGGUACGCUGGGCCCAGGAAUCUGUGAUAGAAGACCCGGAGUUAGUGAGGGCCAUGUUUGUAUUGCUACAUCGCCAAUAUGAUGGUAUUGGUGGCCUGGUGCGAGCCCUUCCAAAGACCUACACCAUAAAUAGUGUGUCUGUGGAAGACACAAUCAAUCUUCUGGCAUCCCUCGGCCAAAUCCGUUCCUUGCUUAGUGUCAGAAUGGGAAAGGAGGAAGAGAAACUCAUGAUUCGUGGAUUAGGAGACAUCAUGAAUAAUAAAGUAUUUUACCAACAUCCAAAUCUCAUGAGAGCUUUAGGCAUGCAUGAAACUGUCAUGGAAGUGAUGGUAAAUGUGCUUGGUGGAGGAGAAUCCAAGGAAAUCACUUUCCCGAAGAUGGUGGCAAACUGCUGUCGUUUUCUAUGUUAUUUUUGCCGCAUCAGCAGGCAGAAUCAAAAAGCUAUGUUUGAUCAUCUUAGCUAUUUAUUGGAAAACAGCAGUGUUGGCCUUGCCUCUCCCUCUAUGCGAGGAUCAACUCCUUUAGAUGUUGCAGCAGCCUCUGUGAUGGAUAACAAUGAACUUGCGUUAGCGUUAAGGGAGCCUGAUCUGGAGAAGGUGGUUCGCUACUUGGCUGGGUGUGGAUUGCAGAGUUGUCCUUUGUUGAUUUCUAAAGGCUAUCCAGACAUCGGAUGGAAUCCAGUUGAAGGAGAGCGAUAUUUGGAUUUUCUUCGUUUUGCUGUUUUUUGCAAUGGAGAGAGUGUGGAGGAGAAUGCUAAUGUUGUAGUCAGACUGCUUAUCCGUCGACCUGAAUGUUUUGGUCCAGCUCUAAGAGGAGAAGGAGGCGAUGGUUUGCUUGCUGCCAUGGAGGAAGCAAUACAAAUAUCAGAAGAUCCAACAAGAGAUGGACCUUCCCCAAGUAAUGGAUCUAGUAAAACCCUUGAAAUGGAAGAACAAGAAGAUGACACUAUUCACAUGGGAAAUGCAAUCAUGACUUUUUAUGCUGCUUUGAUUGAUCUCUUGGGACGUUGUGCCCCUGAAAUGCACCUAAUCCAUGCUGGUAAAGGGGAGGCCAUUAGAAUCAGAUCAAUUCUACGGUCUUUAAUUCCACUGGAAGAUUUGGUGGGAGUAAUUAGUAUUCCUUUCCACAUGCCAACUAUAGCUAAAGAUGGUACUGUGGUGGAACCUGACAUGUCUGCGGGGUUUUGCCCAGAUCACAAGGCAGCCAUGGUUUUGUUCCUUGACAGGGUCUAUGGAAUUGAGGACCAGGAUUUUCUUCUGCACCUUCUUGAAGUUGGCUUUCUGCCAGAUCUUCGUGCUGCUGCUUCUUUAGAUACGGCUGCUUUAAGUGCUACAGAUAUGGCAUUGGCUCUGAAUCGAUACCUUUGCACAGCAGUCUUGCCUCUGUUGACCAGAUGUGCUCCUCUUUUUGCUGGCACAGAGCACCACGCAUCUCUCAUCGAUUCCUUAUUACAUACUGUGUACAGACUCUCAAAGGGAUGCUCUCUUACCAAAGCUCAGCGAGAUUCUAUCGAAGAGUGUUUGCUGUCUAUCUGUGGGCAGUUGCGGCCCUCCAUGAUGCAGCAUUUGCUGAGAAGACUAGUGUUUGAUGUUCCUCUAUUAAAUGAACAUGCAAAGAUGCCUCUUAAGUUGCUGACAAAUCAUUAUGAAAGAUGCUGGAAGUAUUAUUGUUUGCCGGGUGGAUGGGGUAACUUUGGCGCUGCUUCAGAAGAAGAACUUCAUUUAUCCAGAAAGUUGUUCUGGGGUAUUUUUGAUGCUUUGUCUCAAAAGAAGUAUGAACAAGAGCUGUUCAAACUGGCUUUGCCUUGUUUGAGUGCAGUUGCAGGGGCCUUGCCUCCAGACUAUAUGGAAUCAAAUUAUGUCAAUAUGAUGGAAAAACAGUCUUCAAUGGAUUCAGAUGGGAACUUUAAUCCUCAACCUGUUGAUACAUCAAACAUUACAAUCCCCGAAAAGCUAGAAUAUUUCAUUAACAAAUAUGCAGAACACUCUCAUGACAAAUGGUCAAUGGAAAAGUUUGCCAAUGGAUGGACAUAUGGUGAAACCUAUUCUGAAUCUGCAAAAGUGCAACCAUUAAUGAAGCAAUAUAAGUUACUGUCUGAAAAGGAAUGCACAGUGACAAGACAAGAGGCUUGUGAGAAAGAAAUUUAUCGAUGGCCAAUCAAAGAAUCACUAAAAACUAUGCUGGCAUGGGGAUGGCGAAUUGAAAGAACACGAGAGGGAGAUUCGAUGGCACUGUACAAUCGGACACGUCGCAUAUCUCAAACCAGUCAAAUCUCUGUAGAUACAGCCCAUGGUUACACUCCUCGUGCAAUUGACAUGAGCAAUGUCACUCUUUCCAGAGACUUACACGCUAUGGCUGAAAUGAUGGCUGAAAACUACCAUAACAUAUGGGCAAAGAAAAAGAAAAUGGAACUUGAAGCUAAAGUAGGAGGAGGCAACCAUCCUCUUCUUGUUCCUUAUGAUACACUCACAGCCAAAGAAAAAGCCAAGGACAGAGAAAAAGCACAGGAUAUUCUGAAAUUCCUACAGAUUAAUGGAUAUGUUGUCUCCAGAGGACUUAAGGACCUGGAAUUAGACACACCUUCCAUUGAGAAACGCUUUGCCUACAGUUUUCUUCAGCAACUUAUAAGAUACGUGGAUGAAGCCCAUCAGUACAUUCUGGAGUUUGAUGGUGGCAGCAGAGGCAAAGGAGAACACUUCCCAUAUGAACAAGAAAUCAAGUUUUUUGCCAAAGUUGUGCUUCCUUUGAUUGAUCAGUAUUUUAAAAAUCAUCGCCUGUAUUUCUUAUCUGCAGCAAGUAGGCCUCUCAGCAGUGGAGGCCAUGCCUCUAACAAAGAGAAAGAAAUGGUGACAAGCCUGUUCUGCAAACUUGGAGUUCUUGUCAGGCAUAGGAUUUCACUGUUUGGAAAUGAUGCAACAUCAAUAGUCAACUGUCUUCACAUACUGGGCCAGACCUUGGAUGCAAGGACUGUGAUGAAAACUGGUCUGGAAUCUGUUAAGAUGGCAUUGAGAGCGUUUUUGGACAAUGCUGCUGAGGAUCUGGAGAAAACAAUGGAAAAUCUUAAGCAAGGCCAAUUUACACACAGCAGAAACCAGCCAAAGGGAGUUACACAAAUCAUUAAUUAUACCACAGUUGCUCUCCUGCCAGUGCUAUCUUCAUUAUUUGAGCAUAUUGGACAGCACCAGUUUGGGGAAGAUUUGAUUUUGGAAGAUGUUCAGGUCUCCUGCUACAGAAUACUGGCCAGUUUAUAUGCUCUAGGAACCAGCAAGAGUAUCUAUGUAGAGAGGCAACGAUCAGCACUAGGAGAAUGCUUGGCUGCUUUCUCAGGUGCCUUUCCAGUGGCUUUUUUGGAAACUCAUUUGAACAAACAUAAUAUCUACUCAAUUUACAAUACCAAGAAUGCAAGAGACAGAGCAGUUCUCAAUUUGCCUACUAGUGUAGAAGAGGUUUGCCCAAAUAUUCCUUCCUUGGUGAAGCUAAUGGAAGAAAUUGUGGAACUGGCAGAGUCUGGUAUUCGUUACACACAAAUCCCACAUAUCAUGGAAGUAAUACUGCCUAUGCUAUGUAGUUACAUGUCACACUGGUGGGAGCAUGGGCCAGAAAACAAUCCUGACAAGGCUGAAAUGUGUUGCACGGCUUUGACGUCAGAGCACAUGAACACUCUGUUGGGUAACAUAUUGAAAAUCAUCUAUAACAACCUUGGUAUUGAUGAAGGAGCCUGGAUGAAGAGAUUAGCAGUGUUUUCUCAGCCCAUCAUAAGCAAAGCGAAGCCACAGCUCUUAAAGACACACUUCCUGCCACUGAUGGAUAAGCUAAAGAAAAAAGCAGCAGUGGUUGUAUCGGAUGAAGAACAUCUAAGAGCAGAAGGCAGAGGUGACAUGUCGGAGGCUGAACUGCUCAUCCUAGAUGAGUUCACCACUUUGGCACGGGACCUCUAUGCCUUCUACCCUUUGUUGAUUAGAUUUGUGGACUAUAACAGGGCAAAAUGGCUGAAAGAGCCCAACCCUGAAGCGGAAGAAUUGUUCCGCAUGGUUGCUGAGGUCUUCAUUUACUGGUCAAAGUCUCAUAAUUUCAAAAGGGAAGAGCAGAACUUCGUGGUACAAAAUGAAAUCAACAACAUGUCAUUCCUUAUCAGUGACACCAAAUCUAAGAUGUCUAAGGCAGCAGUUUCUGACCAGGAGAGGAAAAAGAUGAAGCGAAAAGGUGACCGGUACUCUAUGCAGACUUCUCUCAUUGUAGCAGCACUGAAGAGAUUACUUCCCAUUGGCCUAAACAUUUGUGCUCCUGGAGACCAGGAGCUAAUUGCACUGGCCAAAAAUCGCUUCAGUAUGAAAGAUACUGAAGAUGAAGUACGAGAUAUCAUCCGUAGUAAUCUUCAUCUCCAGGGCAAGCUUGAGGAUCCCGCCAUUAGGUGGCAGAUGGCACUUUACAAAGAUUUACCAAACAGGACUGAAGAUUCCUCAGAUCCAGAGAAGACUGUGGAGAGGGUCCUUGAUAUAGCUAAUGUACUCUUUCACCUGGAACAGGUUGAGCAUCCUCAGCGGUCCAAAAAAGCGGUGUGGCAUAAGCUGCUGUCGAAACAGAGGAAAAGAGCAGUAGUUGCCUGCUUUAGAAUGGCACCAUUGUAUAAUCUGCCAAGGCACCGAGCCGUCAAUCUCUUUCUUCAAGGAUAUGAUAAAUCUUGGAUUGAAACAGAAGAGCACUAUUUUGAAGACAAACUGAUAGAAGACUUAGCAAAACCUGGGGAGGAACCAGCGGAAGAAGAUGAAAGCCUUAAAAGAGUUGAUCCUUUACAUCAACUUAUUCUGCUAUUCAGUCGAACAGCCUUGACUGAAAAAUGCAAAUUGGAAGAAGAUUUCCUGUAUAUGGCCUAUGCUGACAUUAUGGCAAAGAGCUGCCAUGAUGAAGAAGAUGAUGAUGGUGAAGAAGUGAAGAGUUUUGAAGUGACAGGAUCACAACGCAGCAAGGAAAAAGAAAUGGAAAAGCAAAAACUUCUGUAUCAGCAAGCCAGACUGCAUGACCGAGGUGCUGCUGAGAUGGUUCUACAGACGAUCAGUGCUAGUAAAGGUGAGAUGGGUCCAAUGGUUGCAGCUACCCUCAAGCUAGGGAUUGCUAUCCUAAAUGGAGGAAAUUCUACUGUUCAACAGAAAAUGCUUGACUACCUCAAGGAUAAAAAGGAUGUGGGAUUUUUUCAGAGCCUUGCUGGUCUUAUGCAGUCCUGUAGUGUUCUUGACCUAAAUGCAUUUGAACGUCAGAACAAAGCAGAAGGCCUUGGGAUGGUGACGGAAGAGGGAUCAGGAGAAAAGGUGAUGCAGGAUGAUGAGUUCACAUGUGACCUCUUCCGCUUCCUUCAAUUGCUUUGUGAAGGACAUAAUUCAGAUUUUCAGAAUUACCUGAGAACUCAGACUGGUAACAACACAACUGUUAAUAUUAUCAUUUCCACUGUGGAUUACUUAUUAAGAGUUCAGGAAUCCAUUAGUGAUUUCUAUUGGUAUUAUUCUGGGAAGGAUGUUAUUGAUGAGCAAGGACAACGGAAUUUUUCCAAAGCCAUCCAGGUUGCAAAACAAGUUUUCAAUACUCUGACAGAGUAUAUCCAGGGCCCAUGUACUGGGAAUCAGCAAAGUUUGGCACACAGCAGGCUAUGGGAUGCUGUAGUUGGUUUUCUCCAUGUGUUUGCCCACAUGCAGAUGAAGCUGUCUCAGGAUUCCAGUCAAAUUGAAUUACUGAAGGAAUUAAUGGAUCUUCAGAAGGAUAUGGUUGUCAUGUUGCUGUCCAUGCUGGAAGGUAAUGUUGUGAAUGGAACUAUUGGCAAGCAGAUGGUCGAUAUGCUUGUGGAAUCGUCCAGCAAUGUGGAGAUGAUUCUGAAGUUUUUUGAUAUGUUCUUAAAAUUGAAGGAUUUGACUUCCUCUGAUGCUUUCAAAGAAUAUGACCCUGAUGGUAAAGGGUUAAUUUCAAAGAGGGAUUUUCACAAGGCAAUGGAAAGCCACAAGCAUUACACCCAGUCUGAAACUGAGUUUCUGCUAUCAUGUGCUGAAACAGACGAGAAUGAGACUCUGGACUAUGAGGAGUUUGUGAAACGAUUCCAUGAACCUGCCAAAGACAUUGGUUUCAAUGUUGCUGUUCUCCUGACCAACCUGUCAGAACACAUGCCCCAUGAUACCCGCUUGCAAACUUUUCUUGAACUGUCAGAGAGUGUGCUGAAUUACUUUCAGCCUUUCCUUGGACGCAUAGAAAUCAUGGGCAGCGCGAAGCGCAUUGAACGCGUUUAUUUUGAAAUAAGCGAGUCAAGUCGGACUCAGUGGGAGAAACCUCAGGUGAAAGAGUCAAAGAGACAAUUUAUAUUUGAUGUUGUAAAUGAAGGCGGGGAGAAAGAAAAGAUGGAGCUUUUUGUUAAUUUCUGUGAGGAUACCAUCUUUGAAAUGCAACUGGCUGCCCAGAUCUCUGAAUCAGAUCUAAAUGAAAGGUCAGCAAAUAAAGAGGAGAAUGAGAAAGAUAAGCCUGAGGAACAGGAUCCUAGAAUGGGUUUCUUCUCUCUUGUGACCAUGAAGUCAGCAUUAGUAGCUCUUAAAUAUAAUCUAAUGACUCUUAUGAAAAUGCUCAGCAUGAAGAGCCUAAAGAAACAGAUGAAAAAAGUGAAGAAAAUGACCAUGAAGGACAUGGUCAUGGCUUUGUUUUCUUCCUAUUGGAGAAUUUUGAUGGGCUUACUACAUUUUGCUUGCAGUGUUGUCCGGGGCUUCUUUCGCAUCAUAUGCAGUUUGCUGCUUGGAGGAAGCCUAGUAGAAGGAGCAAAGAAAAUCAAGGUUGCUGAGCUAUUAGCUAAUAUGCCAGAUCCCACUCAGGAUGAGGUGCGUGGGGAAGGAGAAGAGGGGGAGAGGAAGCCAACAGAAGCUGUAUUACCUACAGAAGACUUGGCAGAUCUGAGAACUUUAUCAGAUGAGAGUGAUUUACUCUCAGAUAUAUUUGGUUUGGAUUUGAAACGAGAAGGUGGACAGUAUAAAUUGAUCCCUCACAAUCCAAAUGCCGGUUUGAGUGAUUUACUGGGCACUCCAUCCUUAGCUCCAAUGCCUGAGGUGCAAGAAAAAGUCCAGGAGCAGGUGAAAGAAGAUGAAAAGGAAGAAAAGGAAGAAACAAAAUCUGAACCUGAAAAAGCAGAAGGAGAAGAUGGAGAAAAAGAAGAGAAAGCCAAGGAAGACAAAGGAAAACAGAAAUUAAGACAACUUCAUACUCACAGAUAUGGAGAACCAGAAGUUCAGGAAUCGGCUUUCUGGAAGAAAAUCAUUGCAUACCAACAGAAGCUUCUUAAUUAUUUUGCACGAAACUUUUACAAUAUGAGGAUGUUGGCAUUAUUUGUUGCUUUUGCCAUCAACUUCAUCCUGCUUUUCUAUAAGGUCUCCACCUCUGCUGAAACGGAAGAAAAGGAAGUUCCUGUGGUGUCUACUGGUGAAAGUACCAAGCUGAACAGCCUGGAAAGCGAUGACGAGAGGGUCAUUGCAGUGCAUUACGUCCUGGAAGAAAGCAGUGGCUACAUGGAGCCCACACUGCGGAUUUUGGCCAUCCUACACACAGUCAUCUCAUUUUUCUGCAUCAUAGGGUAUUACUGUUUGAAAGUUCCACUGGUUAUUUUUAAGCGAGAAAAGGAAGUAGCAAGGAAAUUGGAAUUUGAUGGAUUGUAUAUAACUGAACAGCCAUCAGAAGAUGAUAUUAAGGGACAGUGGGAUAGACUUGUAAUCAACACACAGUCUUUUCCAAAUAACUACUGGGACAAAUUUGUGAAAAGAAAGGUCAUGGAUAAAUAUGGCGAAUUCUAUGGCCGUGACAGGAUCAGUGAGUUACUAGGAAUGGACAAAGCUGCUCUCGAUUUUAGUGAUGCUCGAGAAAAGAAGAAACCAAAGAAGGAUAGCUCCUUAUCUGCUGUGCUAAAUUCCAUUGAUGUUAAGUAUCAGAUGUGGAAAUUAGGAGUUGUUUUCACUGAUAAUUCUUUCCUUUACCUAGCAUGGUACAUGACCAUGUCAGUCCUUGGCCAUUACAACAAUUUUUUCUUUGCUGCUCAUCUACUUGACAUUGCAAUGGGAUUCAAGACAUUACGAACUAUCCUGUCAUCAGUGACGCACAACGGCAAACAGCUUGUUCUAACAGUGGGAUUACUGGCAGUAGUAGUAUACUUGUAUACAGUAGUGGCAUUCAAUUUUUUCCGCAAGUUCUACAACAAGAGUGAAGAUGGUGAUAUGCCAGACAUGAAAUGUGAUGAUAUGCUAACAUGCUACAUGUUUCACAUGUAUGUUGGAGUACGUGCAGGUGGAGGCAUUGGCGAUGAAAUAGAGGAUCCAGCAGGAGAUGAAUAUGAAAUCUAUCGGAUUAUCUUUGACAUCACUUUCUUCUUCUUUGUGAUUGUCAUCCUGCUUGCAAUUAUUCAAGGUUUAAUUAUUGAUGCUUUUGGUGAAUUAAGAGAUCAGCAAGAGCAAGUUAAGGAAGACAUGGAGACAAAGUGCUUUAUCUGUGGAAUAGGAAAUGACUACUUUGACACAGUGCCCCAUGGCUUUGAAACACACACACUACAGGAGCACAACUUGGCCAAUUAUUUGUUUUUUCUCAUGUAUCUUAUUAACAAAGAUGAAACAGAGCAUACAGGACAGGAAUCCUAUGUAUGGAAAAUGUAUCAAGAACGCUGCUGGGAGUUUUUUCCUGCUGGUGACUGCUUCCGAAAACAAUAUGAAGACCAGCUCAACUAAGCAGAGAUGAGGACUUCCAGAUGAAAAUUUGUCCAUGUAUUUCCCAACUCCUUUGGGAAUGUCUAACAGAUUUCUUAAAUCCCCAAAGCUGUGUGCUUUUUGGAGCACCAAAGCUCUGUUUUUAAUGAUCUAACUGCGCUUUUAUUUUCUUGUGUAUUUGCUUUGAGAACACUGGAGUAAAGAACAAUGAAAAAUAACAGCAACUCUGGAAAACAAACCAACCUCUUGCACACACAAAAGAUAUCUCUAUACAUAACAUGCACGCGUACGAAGAGACUUGACAGCUUAUUUCUGAAACUGCCAGAUGAUGCCCUUGUCGAUAAGAUCACACAUGGGGUGACAUGGUAGCAACACUCAUUAAACCUGUUUAUUUCAUCAUCCUGGAAGGAACUAUAUGUAGUUCACAGAGCACUGUAAAAGAUUGUCGUGGACACUAAGUUGUGGGGAAAUAGUGCCUUACUAUAUGUGGGUUGAGCUAUGCAGAAGAUGAGUACACGAUGACAUCAUAUUUAUUUUUCUUUACGUCUUCCCUUUCUUCCAAGUUAAUAUUUAUUUGUUGUUUUGAUGAGUUUGGGAGGAAGGGAUUUGAUUGUGCACAUCUUUUUAGUAAGACUGGAGUGUCUCAGGACAAGAUUAGGUUAUUCUCAUCGAGUUUGUUUCACGUUUACCUUCCUCUUUAGCUUUUGCUCUUAUUUUGGUAAUGCUCUGAUACAACACUGCAACUUUAUGAAAUCUUUGUUUGAAAACAAGAUGACUGCAAAAAACACUUUAACAAGAAAUGUUUCAUUGCAUGUUUAUUAUGCAAGUUUAAAACAAUCAAAAAACCAACCUUCAGAAGCAAGUUGAUCAACAUGAAAAAACAUUCACAAUAAUUAUAUCCAUAGUAGUAAAGUGUUGUGGGCUUUAUUGUACAUCUGAAACAAGUGUCAUCAGCCAACAAUGUAUAUGUUAUGAAUUUGACAGUAGUUUUGGUUUCUUUUCUUUUUCUUUCUUUCAUUUCUGCCACCUGUGAUUGAUAGUGGAGUUGAAAAUUUUCUUGUUAAAUUAUUUUUUAAAAGCAAAGCAAUAUCCAUUCAGGGACUCCAUCGAUUGCAUCAUGAAACACCAAUGAUGUGUACAUCGCUCCAUUUUGAGUCCUUUUCAAUUGUAAUGCCAGUCUUUCUUUGCAAAUAAAGAGAGAGAUUCAGAAUGGAAACAAGCUGGUUUUCGUAGCAUUUAA